AUGACUAGUGCAAUUGUAAACGUUUAUAGCAAUGAUCAUAAAUUAAUACGCGGACGUGCUUUACUUGACACUUGUUCCUCUGCCAACUUUGUUACAGAAAAAUUCCCAAACAAACUUGGAUUAGCAAAAAAGAAAUGUUCCAUUCCUGAAGGAGCAAUGAACGAUUUAUCUACUGUAACAAAACAUGUAGUCAAAUUAAAAAUUCGUUCAAUGCAUAAUUCUUUUGAAAAAACUCUUACUUGUUUGACAGUUCCAGAAAUUUCCAAUCUGGUUCCUAACGAAAUACUUUCACGCGAGAAAUUGCGAAUACCCGCAAAUGUACCGUUAGCCGAUCCACAAUUUAAUGUACCUGCACCUGUUGAUUUAUUAAUAGGAGCAGGCCCCACUUUAUCCAUGUUUUACAUAGGGCAGAUCGAUCUUUCUACUUGCGGAGAAGAUUUAUGCGUUCAAAAAACACGUUUGGGUUGGAUAAUUGGUGGAACUCCGGGUAGUUCGAAAAUGCAUAAUAAUCUAGUAAAUUGUCAGAUAACUGAGUUACAAGAUAGUGUUAACCGAUUUUGGGAAAUUGAAGAAGGGCAACCUCAAAAUCACUUCUCAGCUGAAGAACUAGAAUGCGAUAAGCACUUUCAGCAAUAUAUUACGCGCAAUAAAUCGGGUCGUUACAUCGUAGCUCUGCCGUUUAAAAACAAUAAAGAAGCAUUAGGUGAAUCGCAGUCUAAGGCAUUAAAAUGUUUAAAAUCAUUAUUUUACAAAUUCACAAAAAAUCCUAAUUUAGAAGUCAAAUACAGACAGGUCUUAGACGAAUAUGUAACAUUAAAUCACAUGACCGAAAUCACCGACGGCAUUGAUGGAGACGGUUUUUAUUUACCCCAUCACGCGGUAAUUAAGGAAAACAGCUUAUCUACUAAGCUACGCGUAGUUUUCAACGGGUCUGCUAAAACAAAUACCGGCCUGUCACUUAAUGACAAACUUAUGGUAGGGCCUACUAUUCAAAGCGAUAUAGUCUCCCUAAUCCUCAAAUUUCGCUUGCAUAAUUAUGUUAUAACAGCUGAUAUUGAGAAGAUGUACAGACAAAUUCACGUACGACCAGAAGAUCGAAAGUAUCAACGCAUUCUUUGGGGGACGUGA